GUGAGAAGCAGGUGAUAAAAACUCUCGUCCGUCUUGGGAGAGAGCACAUCGUCGUCUUUUCUUUAUAAACCCUAAAUUCCCAUUUCUCUUCUCCAAAAGUUUUAUCGAUUCCACCAAAUUAGGGCGAACGCGAAAUCUGGGUAUUGUAAUUUGAAGCGAUGGCGACGACUGGAACUGCUGCGGUUGCGACGGGAACUUCGACGGUGAAGAGAAAACCGGUGUUUGUGAAGGUGGAACAGCUAAAGCCUGGAACGACUGGUCACACGUUGACUGUUAAAGUCAUUGAGGCUAAUAUCGUGGUUCCUGUUACCCGGAAGACUCGUCCAGCGAGUUCUCUGAGUCGUCCUUCUCAGCCUAGUCGAAUCGUUGAGUGUCUCAUCGGUGACGAAACUGGGUGUAUCCUCUUCACUGCUCGUAACGAUCAAGUUGAUCUUAUGAAGCCGGGUGCUACGGUGAUACUGCGCAAUUCAAGGAUAGACAUGUUCAAGGGUACAAUGAGGCUAGGAGUUGAUAAAUGGGGACGCAUCGAAGCCACUGGAGCCGCGUCUUUCACUGUCAAGGAGGAUAACAAUCUGUCUCUCGUUGAGUAUGAACUGAUCAAUGUUGGUGGUGAUCAGUGAUCUUUUAGUAUGUUUAUGGAGGUUAACCCCUGAGAGUGUUGGGUUCUGAUUUUUCUACCGUGAAGGUCUUUGAUUUAGAUGAUGAAGAUUGUAUGACUGGUCCAGAGUUGCUUGUAGGAAUAUGCUUCUUCUUUUUUACCCUAAAAUAUGCGGUCAUGAUCUUGCUCUGGAGAACUAUUGAGCCUGCGGUAAUGGCGUAAUGCAAUUGUUCCUUUUAAUUUGUGUUGAUGUAAGUUAAAGACCAUUGAGAGCUUGCUUGUGCACUAUCUAAUACAGUAAAAAUAAGUUUUUCUUUCUUAAACUUUACUAAUGUCUUUGUUUUUUCAUUAAUUACUAUUUGAUGUACACUAUUGUACCCUCUCGGUUACAGAGAGUUUUGCCCAACUUUUUACAUCGAAAGCAUCUCAUCCUUGAUU